AUGGGUUCAUCGAUCAACUAUCCCGGCUAUGUCAGUAAACCUAAUCAAAAGGUUGCUGGAAACCCGAUCUUCCCCCGGGAGAACGUUCAUACGAAGCAAGGAACAGCAAAGUCCAAGCUUUCACUUGCUCUGCAGAUUCAAAAAGAUGAGACAGACGAUGGAGUAAGCUCUCUACAUGAGAACAGUGGCGAAGAGGUUGAUUCAGACACCGACUAUUCCUCUUGUGACGAAAAAAAUGAAGAAAGUCUCAGGGACUAUAAACCAGGUGGGUACCAUCCGGCCUUCAGAGGUGAAACGUAUAACCAUGGUAGGUACAUUUUGGUGCGCAAACUAGGUUGGGGCCAUUUCUCCACGGUUUGGCUUGCCAGAGAUACGGUAACCAACGCGCAUGUGGCAAUGAAAGUGGUACGUAGCGAUAAGGUCUACACAGAAGCUGCAUUGGAUGAGAUCAAACUACUGCGGCGCGUAAGUACUCGUAAUGGUUCUGUCGAAGGGUUUUACGAUGCCUCUAAACACAUAUUAAACCUUCUAGACAGUUUUAAUCACUCCGGUCCAAACGGUAAACACGUAGUGAUGGUCUUUGAAGUUUUGGGGGAGAAUUUGCUGGCAUUGAUUAAGAAAUAUGAACAUCGCGGCAUCCCGGUGAUGUACGUGAAACAGAUUGCCAAGCAGUUAUUACUGGGACUGGAUUAUAUGCAUAGGAAGUGUGGGGUUAUUCAUACCGAUAUCAAGCCUGAAAACGUAUUGAUGGAAGUCGGGGAUGUUGAGGCUAUUGUCAAAAUGGUUGAGCUUUUGGAUAAACAGAAGCGAGACCAAAGAAAGUUUCAAAGAAGAGCCACCAAGACUUCGAUCGAUUCCCCAACCGUGACUGCUAACUCUUCGAGAAGUAGCACCUCUGCGUCUUUAGAAAGAAGUACUACUCGCAGGCUGAGAAGACACACACUCAUUACUGGCUCGCAACCGCUACCUUCUCCAAUAAGCUCAACAAAUUUCUUCGAGAUGAAGGCGCAAAUGAUGGGUCAAUCACUUCCUAGGCCAAUGCCCCCUUCGACGAAGAACAAUGUCAACAAUGUAAACGUGUCCGGUGGCGAAGAAGAGCAAAUAACUAAUUCCUUAUCCUCUCUGGAAAUUUCAACAUUCACAGACGAGCGUACCGAGGACGAAGUGUCAAGAGAGCUAGACGUUAUUCAAAUCAAAAUCGCAGACCUAGGAAAUGCAUGUUGGUACGACGAGCAUUACACUAAUUCCAUCCAAACUCGCGAAUAUCGAUCUCCUGAAGUCAUUCUAGGGAGCGAGUGGGGAUGUAGUGCCGAUAUAUGGUCUGCUGCAUGUCUUAUUUUUGAACUACUCACAGGUGAUUUCCUAUUUGAGCCCGAUGAGGGACACUCUUACACCAAAGAUGACGACCAUAUCGCUCAGAUGAUAGAAUUACUUGGCGAUAUUCCGUCCCGAUUAUUGAAUACAGGCCGCCACGCUAGAACCUUUUUCAAUUCCAAAGGCCAACUGAGGAAUAUUUCCAAAUUGAAGUAUUGGCCGCUAAAAGAGGUUCUCCGUGAGAAAUACAAGUUUUCUGAUGAAGACGCACACAACAUUUCGGAUUUUCUUCUCCCAAUGUUGAGUCUCGACCCACAAGGAAGAGCAGAUGCGGGAGGCAUGGUGAAUCACCCGUGGCUGGAUGGGACGGUAGGCCUAGAAGCCGUGAAACUUAGCGACCGCAAACUAUACGAAAGUGGUGUGGAUAUUCCGGGCUGGUGCCAGGAAGUCGCGGGCCAACCUAGACAUUAA